CUCAAGCACACCCUUUGUAUUUGAAUAUGGCCAAGUUCUUCGCCUUUGCUGCCGCGAUUGCAGCCACUGCCUUCGGAUCGUCCAAUGCCGCUACCGUCGAGGACACGUGCGUGCUCGCGGACUUUCAGACUGCCACGGCCGAUUUCGUCGGGCUCAACAACGUGCUGGGCCUCGUUCCGGCGCUGCUGCCCAUGUACAUCACCGACCCAUAUGUCGUCACUAACCAAACACUGGAAGGCAUCGACUUAAAAGUUCUGGGCCUCAAUUUCAAAGCCACACCUUCUUUCGAACGGCUCAAUGUGUCCGGUCUAACGACCAUCGCGCCCAAGACCGCCAGCGUUACAGGCUCCAACUCCCUUGACCUGGGAGCAGACUUCAAAGGUGAGCUCUCAGUGAGCGGCAGGUUCUCAGUCGAGUUCACGCAGCUCGACAAGAAAUGGUACCAAAUCUGCUGGACGAGCCUGCUGCACCAAAGCAGUUGUCCGUCGACGACUGUCACUGUGGAUGUCGCUCUGGGACUCAACAAGCCUACCGUUGUAGUGGGAGCUGAAGCGGAUUUGUACCAAUGUGCUUCAGGUGUUCCAGCGUCUGUGUGCUCCAACAUGACGAUCACGUCCAUUCUUGUGGCUGCGCUUGGAGGAGAUCUCACCAGCGUUCUAAACACUGUCCCACGCCACUUCAAGGACGCGUCGCUGACCUCGCUCAAUCUGGACUGGGACUCGAUCACGAACAUCGACCUCAAAUUCGCCGACACUGGCGCAUUCAUCUCAAAUAUCAUCAAUGGACUCCUGGACUUCUCCGCUGAGAAGCUAAACAAGAAGAAGGUUGCGUACAAUACGUUCACGAAGGUCUUGGACAAGCUCGUGCGUUCGCUACUGAACAGCUUGAUCGACCAACUGCUUGUACCGCUGUUCGGCGCGACAUGUUUGUAAGUAGGGAGGGCUCAGUAGUUUUAUGUCGGCCACUAUUACCAGCUCGGUAUCUUAAACUUUGAUUAAGCAUCAGCAACAGCAUUCUUCAACGUGAAUCGUUCGGGACGCUUUAAAAAAAGGUUUACAGCUGUUU